ACAAUGAAGAUAAUUAUAUUUAUUUGCAUUUGGGCAGCAGCAUGGGCCAUUCCACUUCCUCAAACCAAACCAUUGGAGAGACACACUGUUGAAAAAUCUGUGAAUUUACAUCUUCUAGCAAAACAAAAAGUGCCAGUACAGCAUGAGUUAAGUGCCAAUGACACCACUAAAGAAAGUGGUGAAUCCCUUCAUGCAAAUGAGUUAGGAAGGCAACAGUACACCAAGGAUGGUUAUGAAGGAAAAGGGAAUGGUUCUGAGUGGAAAGAAGUAGGAGGGAAGAGUUCUACACAGUCUGUUUUAGCCAGCCAAGAGGGGAAUAUUGAGGAAGAAAAUGGAGUCACAGGAAAACCAGAAACAUAUGGUCAUGAUGCGAUUCAUGGAGAAGAAGAUAACAGUACAGCAAAUGGCAUCAGGGGACAAGUAGGCAUCACCGACAAUGCUGAAGCAGGAAAUGAGAGUGAUAUUAAUGGCAGUGCUAAUCAGAAUACAACAAAUGAGGAUGAUGGAGACACAAGCCAAAAUGAGGGUGUUACUGUUUUCCAAGAAAAUGGACCUCAAGUAGUUGGAAGCAAUAAUAAUACAGACCAUGACAAUAAAAUAAAUGGGAAUGAGGGUGAUACAAGUGCAGUAACACCCCAAAGAGAAGGUGAGGGAAAUGGGGAUAAGGAGGUUGAGGUAACACCAGGCAAUGAAGAAGAUGCUGGCUUGGAUAAUUCUGAUGGGAGUCCUAGUGGAGAUGGUACAGAUGAGGAUGAUGACAUGGGUUCUGGUGACAAUGAUGGUGGAGAACCAGGGAAUGGAAACAAGGGCAGUGAUAACAGCAAGGACCAUACGGGUCAGUCUCAUGGCAAAGGAGAUGACAGUAGCAUAGGUCAGAAUUCAACUAGUGGUGAAGAUGAUGACUCUGAAGACAAAGAGGAUUCCCAUAAUGGAACUGGUGGAGACAACACCUCCAAUAGUGAAGAAGACUCUGAUGGUAUUCCAGAAGGCAAUGGUAGCCAAGGAAUAGAGGACACCCAGAAACCCAGCCACAGAGAAAGCAAAGGUGUGGAAAAUGGAAUUACCAGACAACCAGAACAAAGUGCUAUUGGGAAGAGCCAACUUAAGGGAAUAGAAACCAACAGAACUAAUAUUACCAAAGAAGCUGGGAAAAUCAAUGAAAGUAAAGAUAGUAAAGGACAACAUGGAAUGAAUGUGAGCUCAGGAAAUGCCAAAACACAAGGAGAGGUUGACAACAUACAAGGACCUGGCCAGAAAUCAGAACCUGGAAAUAAAGCCAGGCACAGUAAAACAGGUAGUGGUAGCAAUAGUGAUGGAUAUGACAGUUAUGAUUUUGAUGAUAAAUCCAUGCAAGGAGACGACCCCAACAGCAGUGAUGAGUCUAAUGGAAGCGAGGAUGCUAAUUCAGAUGGCAACAAUGACAGAAGUAAUGGAGGAGAUGCUUCUUAUAACUCUGAUGAAUCAAGUGAUAAUGCCAAUGGCAGUGACUCAAAUGGAGAAGACAAUGAUGAGGGCAGUGAUGGUGCAUCAGAUACUGAUGAUAGUGACAGUCACGGUGAUGAUAGUAACAAUGAGAGUGAAGACAAUGAUGAAUCAGAAAGCAGUGAAGAUAAAUCAGAAAGCAAGGACAGUGGUGACAGCAAAUCAGAGAGCAGUGACAACAGUGAUAGCAGUGACAGCAGUGAUAGUAGUGAUAGCAGUGACAGCAGUGACAGUAGUGACAACAGUGACAGUAGUGAUAGCAGUGACAGCAGUGAUAGCAGUGACAGUAGUGAUAGCAGUGAUAGUAGUGACAGUAGUGACAGCAGUGAUAGUAGUGACAGCAGUGACAGUAGUGACAGCAGUGACAGCAGCGACAGCAGUGACAGCAGUGAUAGUAGUGACAGCAGUGACAAUAGCGACAGCAGUGAUAGUAGUGAUAGCAGUGAUGAUAGCAGCGAUAGUAGUGACAGCAGUGACAGCAGUGACAGUAGCGAUAGCAGUGAUAGCAGUGACAGCAGUGAUAGCAGUGAUAGUAGUGACAGCAGCGAUAGCAGUGAUAGUAGUGAUAGUAGUGACAGCAGUGAUAGCAGUGACAGCAGUGAUAGUAGUGAUAGCAGUGACAGCAGCGAUAGCAGUGAGAGUAGUGACAGCAGCAAUAGCAGUGACAGUAGUGACAGCAGUGAUAGUGACAGCAGCAAUAGCAGUGACAGCAGUGACAGCAGCGAUAGCAGUGACAGCAGUGAUAGUAGUGACAGUGACAGCAAAUCAGACAGCAGUGACAGCAGUGAUAGUGACAGCAAAUCAGAUAGUAGUGACAGCAGUGAUAGCAAAUCAAACAGUCAUAGUAGUGACAGUAGUGACAGUAGUAACAGCAGUGAUAGCAGUGAUAGCAGUGACAGUAGUGAUAGCAGUGACAGCAGUGAUAGUAGUGACAGUAGUGACAGCAGUGAUAGUAGCGACAGCAGCGACAGCAGUGACAGCAGCGACAGCAGCGACAGCAGUGACAGCAGUGACAGCAGCAAUAGCAGUGAUGGCAGUGAUAGUAGCGACGGCAGUGACAGCAGCAAUAGCAGCGAUAGCAGUGACAGCAGCGAGAGCAGUGAUAGCAGUGACAGCAGUGACAGUAGUGACAGCAGUGAUAGUGACAGCAGUGACAGUGGGGAUAGCAAAUCUGACAGCAGUGAUGAGAGUGACAGCCAGAGCAAGUCUGGUAAUGGCAAUAAUGGAAGUGACAGUGACAGUGACAGUGACAGUGAAGGCAGUGAUAGUAACCACUCAACCAGUGAUGAUUAG